AUGGCUUGGGAUCAUCUUUCUAUCAAUAAACCUCAUUUGGUCUACAUCAUUCUCGGUGGCUUCACCUCAUUGUUUAUGCUGUGCUCCUCCUUCAUCAAGGAGCGCAUGUAUAUUGGCGAAGCCACUGUUGCCACCAUUUGUGGUAUUAUCUUUGGACCUCAUGCCGCCAAUUUGAUCAACCCCGACACUUGGGGCAAUACCGAUCAGAUCACUUUGGAAUUCUCUCGGAUUGUCCUCGUUGUUCAAUGUUUCGCCGUUGGGGUCGAAUUGCCCAGGCAUUAUAUGGAGAAACAUUGGAGAAGUGUGGUCUUUCUACUGUUACCUGUGAUGACGUUUGGAUGGUUGAUCACAAGUCUUUUUAUUUGGUGGUUAAUCCCACCGCUUAGCUGGCUGCAGGGACUCUGUGUUGCAGCAUGUGUGACUGCGACAGAUCCUGUACUCGCCAGUUCUGUGGUUGGAAAAGGAAAGUUCGCAAAGCGAGUGCCGAAACAUUUGAGAGAUCUUUUAUCUGCCGAGUCAGGAUGCAAUGAUGGAAUGGCAUUUCCGUUCAUCUACCUUUCUAUAUAUUUGAUUCGAUUUCACCUCAAUGCCAAGGAAGUCACAUUUGACUUCAUCGUCAUAACUGUCCUGUAUGAGUGCGUGUUUGGUGCAAUCUUUGGUUUCGUUGUCGGUUACAUUGGCAGACACGGAAUAAAAUUGGCGGAAAGACAUGAUUUAGUCGACCGAGAGAGCUUUCUCGUCUUCUACUUUGUCCUUGCCCUAUUCUGUGCAGGCUCAGGGAGUAUCCUUGGAGUUGAUGAUCUCCUUGUCGGCUUCGCCGCUGGCGUUGGCUUUUCCAAUGAUGGUUGGUUUACUCAGAAAACAGAGGAAUCUCACGUUUCCAACGUCAUAGAUCUACUCCUCAAUUUAGCAUAUUUCGUGUAUCUGGGUACAAUCAUUCCAUGGGAGCAGUAUAACGACGUGAACAUUGGAACUACGCCAUGGAGACUUACUGUCAUUGCCCUUUUGGUCAUUUUCUUCAGACGCAUACCUAUUAUGAUGGCGCUAAAACCCUUGAUACCCGACAUUAAGACCUGGCGAGAAGCUUUGUUUGCCGGUCAUUUCGGUCCCAUUGGAGUGGGUGCUAUCUUUGUUGCUAUUCUUGCUAGGGCCGAGCUUGAGACUGAAACCACCACGCCAUUGUCUGAAUAUCCAGACCGAAACGCGCCGAACUGGGAAUUGGUAACGGUAAUUUGGCCCAUUGUAACAUUCCUUGUUAUUGCUUCCAUUAUUGUACACGGUUCCUCUAUUGCCGUCUUUACUCUUGGGAAACAUAUCAACACCCUGACACUCACAAUGUCCUAUACGCAAGCUGGAGAUGAUGGUCCUUCUUGGAUGAACCGCCUUCCCCGCAUCUCAUCGACUUCGAAAUCUCAAGCCAAGACAGCAGGAUCGGAGACCGACGGUGAGGAUCUGAAGAUGGACGAGCUGCCACCAGGUACUCUGCCACCUCCGGGAGGAAUACCUGGAGGGUUUUUACGCCGUCAAAGGGAGGAAGAUAAUCCAAGUAGAGCCAGCAGUCGUCCAUCUUCGUUGAUUCCACGACGCAGAAAGAAAAAGUGGGACGAUGGGGUAGGCCCAGGCGGUCCCAUCAGCGAGUCAGCCAUUUAUCCUGCUCGACGAAGUCGCGACUACUCAAAUGAACAAACUUCCGAUACAUUAACGCCUGGCGAGUCUUCGCCUGAUAACGAAAAGGCAAAUCUAGAUGACGAGUCCAACGAAGGUGAACUUGGAGAAAUCCAACACGAUCCACAAAUGGAAGAAAUCAUGCAUCAUGGCGAGAAUGAAACGCGACGUGAUCAGCACAUGUCAGAUGCUCAUCGCGACCCCGAAAAGGCGGAAGUUUAUGAUGAAGGUGAUCAUAUCAUCAUUGAAAACGAAGAUGGUGAUGUGAUAAAAACUCUAAAGAGCUCUAAUGGGGCAAAUUCUGGGGAAGGAUUUGAGAAGUUUGAAAAGGAUAUCAAGCAAGGUUCAGGGAAAGCCUAUCAGAAGUUUGGGAAGAUAAUGGGCGUUUGGCGAAAUAAGGAAGAGACCAAGGAAUACGAGACAGGGGAAAGCUCCAAGGGGAAGAAAGAGAAGGAGCCUCGUAAGACUCGAGGUCCAGCUUUGGCGUACCAGUAUGGUCGAUCUAUCAUUGUCGAAGAUGAAGACGGAGAAGUUGUCAAGACAUAUGAACUACCGCCCGACCCCAACAGCAAAGCUUCGAAAAACGGCGAACCUAACGCUGUGCGCCAAGGGAUAAACCGUAUGGGCACUUGGACAGGACUUGCUGGCACCAAGGCAGAUGGCUCUACUAAGCCGGACGCUACAACAACAGAACCACCCAGCCAAGGCACAACACGAAUGGGAACCUGGAACUUCGGCAAAAACAAUCCCAAUGCUGACAAUAAAGAGACCGAAGAAGACGAUGAUCGCCGAAUCCGAUUUACUAUUGGGGGGGCAGGACGCCGUCUAACUAAGGAAGACUUCUUAAAGGAAAUUCAAGGUCUUGAUCCUAAGGCAAGAUGUGAGAUUGUUGAAGAAAGCGAUGCACCCAGAGCGAUGAAAGACCUGGCAAAGAGAGAUGCCAGUGACAAAACGCAAGGAAGUUCACGUUUAUUUGGAGCUCAAGACACACAACUUGCCGCUGGCGCGCAAACUGCGCGAGUGGUAGGGAAACAAAUGGCGAAGAAGCAUGGCGCCAAAAUCGAUGCGCAGGAUAACCCUAAAAGUAGCACAGCGGGAAGCAGUAAGAAUGACAUGCCUGAGUCGGCUGCUGAGAAGAGAAGAAGGCAGGAAGCGUUGAAAGGAGUAGAUGAGGAUGAGGAAGAUGAGGAUAAAGCUAGAGGACGGGGGAGAGGAAGAUCUCCUCCUCGCAGCAGCGACGGACCAGAAGAAAGAGAAACGCCGGCAGAAAAGAGGAGACGAGAGGCUGCGCUUGGAGAAAGCGUACAGAGUGACAGUGACGAUGAUGAUACACCUAGGGUGCCACCACCGGUCACACGCAGCAGGGGUAUAAGAUUCGCACAGAGUCCCGUGAGAGGAAAGAGAUAG